AUGCUAGAAAACAGUGAAUGGCGGAGAGGAAGUCAGGGUCACCUGCCUCUUUUCCCCAGAGGGCAGCCCGUCCACUUCAGCUUCGGGAGUCGCCCCUCGUUCCGGAGCCUGGGGAUCCGGGAGGAACUAGGACGCUCGAGCAGCAGCUGCCCGACGGUCCGUCACGGUUUCCCAUAUCAGCCUACAGCUUUGGCUUUUGACCCGGUUCAGAAAAUCUUGGCUAUCGGGACGAGAACAGGCGCUAUCAGAAUCUUGGGCAGACCUGGGGUCGACUGCCACUGCCAACACGAGAACGAAGCUGCCGUCCUCCAGCUCCAGUUCUUAAUCAAUGAGGGCGCUUUGGUCAGCGCGAGUGCUGAUGACACACUUCAUUUGUGGAACCUCAGACAGAAACGGCCGGCUCUUCUCCAUUCUCUGAAAUUUAACCGAGAGCGAAUUACCUACUGCCAUCUGCCUUUCCAAAGUAAAUGGCUCUAUGUCGGAACAGAAAGGGGAAAUACACACAUUGUAAAUAUUGAAUCUUUUGUUCUUUCUGGAUAUGUAAUCAUGUGGAACAAGGCAAUCGAAUUAUCCACAAAGACUCACCCAGGCCCCGUUGUACAUCUCAGCGACAGUCCGAGAGAUGAAGGGAAACUGCUAAUAGGUUAUGAAAAUGGGACAGUGGUACUGUGGGACUUGAAGUCCAAGAGAGCAGACCUGAGGGUUUACUAUGACGAGGCCAUCCAUUCCGUAGCCUGGCACCACGAGGGCAAACAGUUCAUGUGCAGCCAUUCGGACGGCAGCUUGACCCUGUGGAACCUGAAGAGCCCAAGCAGACCGUUCCAGACCACAAUUCCACACGGGAAAAAUCAGAGAGAUGGAAGAAAACCUGAAUCCUGUAAGCCAAUUCUGAAAGUCGAGUACAAGACCUGUAAAAACAGCGAGCCAUUCAUCAUUUUUUCUGGCGGACUUUCCUAUGAUAAAGCCUGCAGGAGACCGAGUUUGACCAUCAUGCAUGGGAAAGCAAUUACGGUGCUGGAAAUGGAUCACCCUAUCGUUGAGUUUCUGACACUGUGCGAAACGCCCUACCCUAACGAAUUUCAAGAACCCUACGCUGUAGUUGUGCUUCUGGAGAAAGAUCUAAUUGUAGUGGACCUGACACAAAGCAACUUUCCGAUCUUUGAAAAUCCUUAUCCCAUGGACAUUCACGAGUCCCCCGUCACCUGCACAGAGUAUUUUGCUGACUGUCCUCCAGACCUGAUCCCGGUGCUCUAUUCCAUAGGAGCCAAACAUAAAAAGCAAGGCUACAGCAAUAAGGAGUGGCCAGUGAGCGGAGGGACCUGGAACCUUGGGACCCAAACAUACCCAGAAAUUAUAAUCACGGGUCACGCGGAUGGAUCGAUCAAGUUUUGGGAUGCUUCUGCAAUAACUCUACAGAUGCUGUACAAGUUGAAGACCUCAAAAGUCUUCGAAAAGCCCAAGUCGGGAGAAGGAAAGCCAACGUGCGACAUUGUAGAAGAGGAUCCUUUCGCCAUUCAGAUGAUCUCCUGGUGUCCGGAGAGCAGGAUAUUCUGUGUGGCUGGGGUCUCUGCCUACGUGAUUCUCUACCGGUUCAGCAGACUCGAAACGACAACCGAAAUAACGUCAUUAGAGGUACGACUUCAGUAUGAAGUUGAAGAGAUCAUUACUCCUGAACCAGAAACAAUUCCUCCGUUUCCAGAUCCCCCUUCCCAGCUACCUUCUUUAAAGAGUCUUUCGGGGAGCAGCACCACCACAGUGACCAGCGAAGGGGUGACCAAGGACAGCCUCCCAUGCCUCAACGUGAAGGGUCGCCCUGUGAGGAUGCCUCCUGGGUACCAAGCGGACCUCGUGGUUCAGCUGGUGUGGGUGGACGGAGAACCUCCGCAGCAAAUCACAAGCCUUGCCGUCAGCUCUGCCUACGGACUCGUCGCGUUCGGGAACUGCAACGGGCUGGCCGUCGUGGACUUCCUGCAGAAGACCGUGUUGCUGAGCAUGGGGACGGUCGACUUAUACGGAUCGAGCGAUCCCUACCCGCGGCAACCCCGCUCUCCGCGCAGAAGCAAGCAGUUCAUCGCAGACAACUUUUGCAUGCGUGGCCUGUCUAACUUUUAUCCAGAUUUAACGAAACGGAUCCGUACUUCCUAUCAGAGUCUCACUGAACUCAGUGACAGCCCAGUUUCCUUGGAACUGGAGCGCUGCAAGUCCCCCACUUCAGAUCACGUCAACGGGCACUGCACGAGCCCCACCUCCCAGAGCUGCGCCCCCGGGAAGCGCCUCGCCGGCGCCGAAGCGACCAAGGCCAAUCGCCGGGGCCCCGGGAAGCCGCCCUUCCGCAAGGCCCAGUCGGCCGCCUGCAUGGACAUCUCCCUCCCGGUCACGACGGAAGUAGGUCACAUUUCCAGACGGGCAAUGCUUCAGCAAUUACAUGGAGCCAGUACAUUUUCACACGAUGAGCUCCACUUUGCCGCUUACACCUGGAGGGAGAAAGAAAACCGGGAAAACUCCUCCAACCGCUCCCGGAGCUCCAGCGUGUCCAGCAUCGACAAGGAGUCCAAGGAAGCCGUCACGGCCUUGUUCUUCACGGAGUCCUUCGCCCGGAAGCAGGACCCGGCCCCCUCGCCGUGUCUGUGGGUCGGGACGGGCAUGGGGAUGGUGACGCUCAUCUCCCUGAUCCUGCCCGCCCCCGACGAGCCCAGGGGGGCCGACCCCGUCACCGUCUCCCCGAGCGGUACGGUCCUGGCCCUGAAGGGCGCGGUGCUGGCGUUCUCCUGCCUGGACGGCACGGGGGCGUUCCUUCACCCCCCGUACGAGGUCUGGAGGGACCCCAACAGCCUGGACGAGCACGACCGAGCCCGGAAACGGAAACUGGUCUCGUCCUCGCCCCCUUCUUCCCAGGAGGCGGGCGAGCCCCAGUACGCCGUGAUCUGCUCGGAGAAGCAAGCCAAGGUCUUCUCGCUGCCCUCCCAGGCGUGUCUGUACGUCCACAACAUCACCGAGACCUCCUUCCUCCUGCGGGCCGACGUGGUGACCCUGGGCGGCAGCCCCUGCCUGGCCUGCUUCUGUGCCAACGGGCACAUCAUGACCCUGAGUCUCCCCAGCCUCCGCCCCCUGUUGGAUGUCAACUACCUGCCGCUGACCGACAUGAGGAUAGCGCGGACCUUCUGCUUCACCAACGAGGGUCAGGCCUUGUACCUCGGCUCGCCGACGGAAAUCCAGCGCCUGACCUACAGCCAGGCCAUGUGUGACGGUCUGCAGGACGUGCUCGGAGACUUGUUCACGCCGGUGGAGACUCCGGAAGCCCAGAACAGAGGCUUUCUUAAGGGGCUGUUCGGUGGAAGCGGGCAGACAUUUGACCGGGAAGAACUUUUUGGAGAGGCUUCGGCGGGAAAGGCUUCCAAGAGCCUGGCCCAGCACAUUCCCGGCUCGGGCGGCGUGGAGGGCGUGAAAGGGGCCGCGGGCGGGGUGAUCGGGGAGCUGGCCCGGGCCCGCAUCGCACUGGACGAGCGCGGCCAGAGGCUGAGUGAGCUGGACGAGAAGACGGCCGGCAUGAUGACCAGCGCCGAGGCCUUUUCCAAGCACGCCCACGAGCUGAUGCUGAAAUACAAGGACAAGAAAUGGUACCAGUUUUAGGCUGACGGCCGGGGCCGUGGCGACGCCCCCUCCCUCCGCGCCCGUCUCCGGCCGGAAGGCCCGAUGCCGACUCGGACCGCCCCCCGGCCACCGACCCCGCCCUGGCAUUUACACCAGACUCGCCCCGGCGAAGGCCGGACCCCGGCUCCGGCAUCUCCCCCCGGGCGGCUCGGGAGGGGCUCCCUGAGCCGAGAACUCUGGCUGCCGGGGUCUGGGCGCUUCCGGCUCUCGGGCACCUCACCUUCGAGCGCUACUGCACUUUCAGAAAUUCAUUGCAUGGUAAAUUGACAACUCGAAGAAGAAGAAAAAAAAACAAAGCAUGUUGUGAAGGAAGAAAAAGGACCCAUUUCUCCGGUCGAAGUCAGCCAAGCUUCCUUAUUUUCCAGAGCCGCAUUCGAGCCACCGCUGUGUUUCAGGUACGGCCACCAUCCCCACGGGACGGAGACGGCGUUGGAAGACCCCCCUCUUCUGUCACCUCUGCUCUGAGCCCCGCAGCUUUCCCGUCCUCUCCGCCCUCCCGGCCCCACCAGAGUCUGGUAGCCUCCUGUUGGGGCAGAGCCUCGGGGCCUUCCCCUAAUCUGCGAGGGACUCCCAGCUCCGGGGAGGAGCGUGGCGUGGGUUCUGCCCUCGGGACCUCCCGCAUCCUGAGCGGGCCCGUUCCCCGGCCGGGCCAGCAGUGGGGUGACGCAGGAGAGACCGCCCUGUGGCUGCCGAAGCCCCCUCCGCCCUUGUCUCCUGUGCUUCCCCCCGAGGGAGCCGCCGUCCCCCUUGCCCCCCGGCCCCCUUAUUUAUCCCAGGGCCGCUCUGCAUCCCGGCUGCUCCCCACUAUGGCCCGGUGGGGCUCAAGUACGAUUCUUACCGUCUCCCCGGCGCUGCCCCAGGCGGGGCCCGGGACGGGAGAUGGACGGACGGGUGGCAUCUGAGCAGGACCCGGGUUAGCCGGGGACGUGCCCGGCUGCACGACGGCCUCACUCGGGCCAGGGAAGGCGAAUCCUGGAUGCCCCGGCGGGGACGGAGGAGUUAGAGAAACAGCGGGCGUAUCACCUACGCUGCUUCGUCGGGACAGGAAGCUGUCGCUUUAACCGGGAACCCCGUCUUUCCUCAAGGCUCGUCGCCUCCGCGCCUGCCCCGAAGCGCCUUCCUGAUCCGGGUCAGCCGUGGGCACUUCUGCGGGUUCGGUCUGUCGCUUCUGUUGGACUUGACCCGAAUCAGGUAGUUUCAAUCACCGGAGGCUGGAACCUGAUGCGGCAACGAAGCUCGUGUCGUUUGUCCAUCCAAGCGUUGCCCCAGGGAGGUCACAGGGGGUACCCUGACUCCUGCAGGAGAGCCCCACGUCCGGUCCCGGCCCGAUCCCGCUGCCCAGUCGGUCAGCCCCGGGGGAGCCCACCGCCCAAAGUGGCCUCGUCCCAUCAGGCCAGCUGGGGCGGCCAGGGAGGGGAUUUUCUUCCAGCGGGAAAGGAGGGGUGCCAUCGGGCUGCCUGGUAGAGGCUCUGGGGAGCGAGCGGGACCUCCCCAGGGACACAAACCUCGUCGGCCUAUCCAGCCGUGGAUCGGGGGGGAUACUCGACCGACCCCGGGGAAACGCUGACCCUCGUUCCUGGAGGGAUGAGCACAUCUGCCGCCGGUGGAAAGAGCCCUGAGGUCAGCCGCGCCUCGGUGAAUGCGACGAUUCCCCGUGCCGCCCACACUGACCACCUCCAACCACCUCUGCCACCGGACCGUCCAGAACAGAAGCGCCCCCCGGGCACCCCGCUGAUCCACAAUGGACUAUGCAAUACUUCAUCAGGGAAACGGUCUGUAACUGGGAUUCCUUUUCCCCCAAAUGCCACACUGAGACGAAAUCGACUCUCCCGGUCCAAGAGUAGCGGUGGGACUCUCGCUUCAGAUGACCCACGGAAGCGGCGGAGGGCGGACGACAUGCUGGCUCAGCCACUCGCCACACGCUUAACGAAACUCCCCAGCCCCGGUCUCGCGCCGCUGGUAUUUCUCGUCCCGGAGCGAGCCGUGGGCGAGCCCCGGUCAAAGCAAUAACGCGCCGGGCGGUACGCGGAGCUGACCCGGACCACGCAACUUCCUGUUAGGACUGGAGUUCCCCGGAGCCGCUGACGUUACAGACUCCAUCUUUCCUCUCCCCCGACCACCUGCGCUAAGUCUACGAUGCCGUGGGUCUUGGUUUCCCUGAGGGAACCGGAGGGUUUCACCAGAUGCAGCUGGAAAGACCCAGAGCACCGCCUCCCCCGUGCCAACGCCCCAGCUUGGUCCCGGGCCCCCCAUCCCGAGGUGCCCUUGCCCUUCCCCUCAGCCCCCUGGGGAGGAGGGCCCCGCGCUGGCAGGCCGACGGUGGACCCGAGCAGUUACCUGGGCUGAACGGGGCAGGGAGACCCGCGGGGGGUCUGGGGGAAGGGUUCUGGGUUCCCGGCGGGUCGACCCCGGGCCGUUCCGCUUCCCGCUGAGGCCUAGAGGAGACGUUAGUUAGAGACGAACAAGACAGACCACCCUGCCGGGCUCGGGUGGCCGACCCCCAGGCUCCAAACCGGGAGUUAAUUAGGACCAGGGGCCUUCCGGAAGCCAAAACCUCCCAGUCGGCUGGACCUGCCCCUCCUCUUUCCUCCAACGCCCCUUGGAACCCUUCCCGGGGACCCCAGGGUUCACUGGCCUGCUUUCAGUCGAGUCUCCAGUUCCCCCCGUCUCUCCAUCCCAGGUUGAGUCGACCAAUAAGACCGUUCAUCGGCUAUCUGUCGGGCGGGCAUUUGGACGAGUACAGCGAAAGUAACAGACCCACGGGUCGCCACCCUUGAGGAGCUGGCCCCUUGGGAAGCUUUCCCGGCAUGUACCGCUCGGGAGGUCAUUCUGGGUAAAAGACGAGCGACGGGGUAACUAACAAACUUCCAACUAAUCUCCCGCAAACGCGCCGUUGACUCUGUCCCCGCGCUCCCCACCCAGCGGCCCGCUUGUCCUUUUCCCCCCCCGAUAGGCUCGUGGUUUUCGGGACACGGCCGGGGCGAGUCUUUCCGGGAAUCUCCCCCGACGCCCACGGACCAGAGGCUGCUUGGCGGAUCUGUAAAUUGAAAUCCAAGCCCGCUCCCCUUACCGCCCCGUCGCCGGGCCCGGAUCCCUGGCCCCGAGAGGGUCCGAAGGGCAAGCGUCCCCACUCCCCGUCCGCAGCUGUCCGUCUUGGGCUUAGCGCUCGCCGGCGGUCGCUUCCCCAGAGCUCUCCCAGGCCCGCCGCAGUGCUGCCGCUGCUGUAGGCCGAAAGGGGGCUAAGCCCCCUUAAACUAAAUGCCUACGACCCCAUCGGGCUUCCGGAUCUCUGCACGCCCACCCCUUCUCCACCCCGAAAGUGCAUUAGGCCGGGAGUCUGGCGGGGCCGGGGGCCGACCGGGACCCCGGACUCCGGGAGGAGGAUUGCGGCGCUGGCGGACGCGGCUCCGUUUGGCGAGAUUAGGGCACGGGCGGCCCCCCGGGGGCUCGGCUUACAACCUCUCCGCCCCCGGGUGACGGCCGCUGCCCAGCCCUUGGCCCCUUAGGAAGGGGGCGGACGCGAAGCCCUUGGGCUUGAGGAUGCCAGGGGACCCUGAGCACCGUGUGAAGGACCGGGAGUCCCCCCGGCCAGCCCGGCCCCACCUAGGCAGCCCCAAGGGCCCGGCCGGCAGCGGAGGGAUCGAGGGAGUCCCGGGGCCGGGGGCAGCCGGGACGGAGCACCGGGUGGCGGCUCAGGAGGACGCCCCCCCCCCGCCCCAGGUGGGUUUCCUGUGGCGGAGGCUGCCCGCCCCGGGCGCGGGGAAGCCCGGCCGGCAACACGCAACCCAGCCCGACAGCGCCGACAACCUACGGUCUCUCCCUGUUUUUCUCCAGAAGGAUAAGGGCGCCGACCGGGUGGCGUCGCCGACGUAUCUUCGGACUUCUUUCAGAAAAUGACAGAUUCCUAUUUUUCUGUUGCAUUCGGCACUUGUGAUUAUAACGAUCGAAUUUCUCGUAGUCUGUAGAGAGAACAAGAAAACUGUAUAUGUUUGUAUAUAGGAUGUUCUAUAUCUAUAAAUAUAUGUAAUGUAUAUGUUGUAUAAGUUUGGUAGUGUGCGACAUUAAUGCUUUCUAUCAAGGUUUACCAUGUAUGUGGAAACAGCCCUGAAAAAAUAUUUAUACAUAGGAA